GGGGCUUCAGCACGCAGGCGCGGCAGUGUCCGCUCCAGGACCCAGCCGCCAAAGCUGUGUGUGUGGGUUUCACGUCCGGGACGGAGCACGAGAGGCAGGCAGUGGAUUUCCGGUUCCGGGAACAACGAACAGCCGCUGGUGCGACAGCUAGGGUUUCGGAGGCGGCGGCCGCGGAGGUGGGAGAAAAGUAGGGCUAGGCGGGACGUGCAGGCGGCAUCUUCGUCAUGGGGCCGCAGGCCUAGCAGAAGCCGCGGGAGCUCCCGGCCCGCGCCGAGCUGGCUGCUGCUAUUUCCUAAAGCCUCCAUGGCUGAGGACUGGCUGGACUGCCCAGCCCUGGGCCCAGGCUGGAAGCGACGGGAGGUCUAUCGAAAGUCUGGGGUCACCUGUGGACGCUCAGACAUCUAUUACCAGAGCCCCACAGGAGACAGGAUCCGAAGCAAAGUUGAGUUGACCCGGUACCUGGGCCCUGCAUGUGACCUCACCCUCUUCAACUUCAAACAAGGCAUCUUGUGCCAUCCAGCCAGCAAGGGCCAUUCUGUGGCCAUUCCCAGCAAGAAGCAAAAGAAGGCUUCAAAGCCAGUGAAGGCUCGGAAUCAUCAGGUUGGACCCCAAAAGAGUGAGAUCAGGAAGGAAACCCCAAAGGAUGAGACCAAGGCUGAUACUGGCACAGCGCAAGCUUCAUUCCCUGCACCUGGGUGCUGUGAGAACUGUGGAAUCAGCUUCUCAAGGGAUGGUACCAAGAGACAGUGGCUUAAGACAUUGUGCAAGGACUGCCGAGCACAGAGAAUUGCCUUCAACCGGGAGCAGAGGAAGUAUAAGCGUGUGGGCUGUGGAGAGUGUGCAGCCUGCCUGGUAAAAGAAGACUGUGGGACCUGCUCUACAUGCCUCCAGCAGCUUUCCCAUGAUGCAGCUCCAAAGCCGUUCUGCAAGUGUGAACGGAGGCGCUGCCUCCGGAUUGUGGAGAAGAGCCGAGGGUGUGGAGUGUGCCGAGGCUGUCAGACCCAAGAGGACUGUGGCCGUUGCAGAGUCUGCCUUCGCCCUCCCCGCCCUGGUGUCAGGCGCCAGUGGAGGUGUGUGCAGCGGCGCUGCCUUCGGCAUCUUACUCACCGCCCUCAUCGCUGCAAACAAGGAUGUCAGCGUUGCCCUCCCCUGGUUGUGGUUCCCCCUGCUGGUAAGAAACGCAGCCAUCGAAGGGGAGGCUGCAACACCAAGAAGGCUCCCCGGCGGCGCUCCCAGGCUCAGCCACCACCUCAGCUUCCUGCAUCAAAGUCCCCAAAGCAAAGAGAGCUGCACACCAGUGCUCCAGCGCCCUCAUCACCUGCCGAGUUCAUCUAUUACUGUGUAGAGGAGGAUGAACUACAGCCCUACACGAACCGGCGGCAGAACCGCAAGUGUGGGGCCUGUGCAGCCUGCCUACGGCGGAUGGACUGUGGCCACUGUGACUUCUGCUGCGACAAGCCCAAAUUUGGGGGCAGCAACCACAAGCGCCAGAAGUGUCGUUGGCGCCAGUGCCUGCAGUUUGCUAUGAAGCGACUACUGCCCAGUAUCGGAUCAGGGUCCAAGGAGGGAGCAGAAUCGCCUCCACUGUGCCGUCGCCGAAAGAGGCCCAGCUCUGUAAAACGGCACCGCCCGGGCCCCACACGAAAUCCGUCUCGGACUGCACGCACAUCCCGACCGGGCACAUCUCGACCGGGCACAUCCCGACAGGGCACAUCUCGACCAGGCACAUCCCGACCGGGCACAUCUCGGCCAGGCACAUCCCGACCAUGCCGUGCCCAGUCUCCAAUGAAGCAGGAAGCAAGUGGUGGCUUUGUAUUGCCCCCGCCGGGUACCGAUCUUGUAUUUUUACGGGAGGGUGCCAGCAGUCCUGUGCAGGUGCCUGGCCCUGCAGCAGCUUCCACAGAAGUCCCAUUGCAGGAGGCACAGUGCUCUCGCCUGAGUUGGGUUGUACAGGUGAAGCAAGAAAAGACAGAUACCCAGGAAGAGUGGACCCCAGGCACAGCCAUCCUGACUUCUCCCACAUUGCAACCCGACUGCCCUAGCAAGGCAGUAGACCCAGUUCUGCCAUCUGUGAAGCAAGAGCCACCAGACCCUGAGGAGGAGAAAGAAGAGAACAAGGAUAACUGUGUCUCUCAGUCAGCCCCAGAAGAGGAGACAGGAGGGGCUGGCACACCUGUGAUCACGGAGAUUUUCAGCCUGGGUGGAACCCGCUUCCGGGACACAGCUGUCUGGUUGCCAAGGUCCAAGAAACUUAAAAAUCCUGGAGCUAGAAAGCAAUAAACUGGAGACUUCUGCAGACUGUAGGAUUCAAGGUGAUACUUGCAGAGCGGCUUUGAGAGACACCCUGAUGUACUAGAGGCUGGGUAGCAGACUGGGUGAAGGGCUGGUGCAUGGAUUAAGCCUAGGAGGAAAAGCUAGCAAACCAAGGAGCAGGCCUACUUAGUACUUAGAAUUUAAGGAAGUCAGUAAAAGUUGGUCAUCUGUCCUUCUGGGCUUCUGAACACAAUGAGAAGCUGUAUUCAUGGGAGGAGAAUUGGGGGUGAGGAAGGCAAUGUAAUUUAAAGUCACUACAAAGAACCUACAAGCCACCUUCAUCGAUGAUUUGAAGUGGCUUCUGGAUGGGACCUGGCAGUGUCUCAACAUUAUCUCAGGGAGACAGGAGUUGAAAAUGCAAUGUCAAUAAAGGAGGAAAGGAAAGGGACCACUGUUUGAUGAGCUCCUGUGGACCAACUACUUUAAUCCUGAAAACAGUCUUUUAAGGAAGACAUUGUGCACUUUUGCAGGUGAGGAAACUGAAACUCAAAAGAUACUAACUUUCCCAGUGUCAAUUAGAAUUGGUAGAGUUUAGCAUUAUGCCCAGAGUAUAAGGUUUUGUUCUUUAUGCUGUUGAACUGUUAACUGCAAUCCUGUGUGCAAUAAUGUUACAAUAUUUCAGUAACAGUAUUUUUAGUAGCUUUGAAAAUACACAGUGGAUUUCAAUAAGCACUGUAAUAAACCUUUUAUACUCUUGCCUCUAGCAUGGUUUAGGGACUGCUAAGGCUAUAUGUAGGUGGGUUCAUCUUGUCAGAGCAGAGCACCUAUUCAUCCUCAAACUGGAUUCCCCACAGACAGCAGAUGCUGCAUAGGAUUUUUCAAAGCCUAAAGAGUAUUCUUACCCACCAGCUGCUCCCUGACCUCCCCGACCUCAGCCAGAGCAGUGUUUGGAACUAAAAUUGCCUGACUGGCUGUAUCUUCCCUGACAAUGAACAUCUUCUAUCCUCUAAUGAUCCUUGUGCAUGGUUCUUGCCCCCAGCUCAAAUAUCUACUAGGAGGCUCAUUUCCUGCUACAAGUCCUGCCCUAAGGGCCAGUCUUGGCUUAGCCCUACCUCACUCUCCAUACUUCAUUAAUUGCCAGAAAGACAUGUAGCUUGUAAGUUAACCACCUUUACAGUGCCAGAACUGGGUGAGUGCCCCUUAAAUUUUAUAUCAUAUGGUGUUCCUUACCUUAUUCCUGGCCCUGCAACUUUAGGUAAUUCAGAUAAAGAUUAUUCCUUUUAUUUUUUAAGACAAGGUCUUGAUUUAUAGCUCAGAAUUGCUUUGAACUCACUUUGUAGCCCUGGCUAGUCUCAAACUCAUAACAGUAAUACUCCUGCCUCUACCUUCCAGGUGCUAAUAUCAUCUCCCAUUUCUAAUUCUCAAGAUACAGCUGUCUGCCACACUUUUCUUCCUUUGCCCUUCCUUACCUAGUUCUGUCCUGGCCAAGACUGGAUAUUCUGAUGAUGCUCUAUUCCUACUAGGAUCCAAUCAUUAGCUCUAGUAUUCUGAUAGUGAUAUUCUAAGGGAAAUGUGUUUGCUUGACAUCCCAACUGAGGGAAGAGUGAUUACUGUGUGUGUUAAUUAGGGUACUGUCAAAACAGCAGAAACCUCUAAGACAACGAUGAUGUAUGUGAUUAUUUAGAGGGAUUCAACCUUACACAAUUGUGGGUACUGGUUACACAGUCUCUGGUAAGGUGGUUAAUUCUGCAUCUCAUGCUGGAGCUUGAAGUCUGCAGCAGGCAGUCGGGAAGGGAAGAUGAAUGUAAACUGUGGGAAACCCAGGACAUAUUGGAGCCCGCGAGCAGAAGCUGGGACCCACAAGUAUGGCCUGGAACCCAAGUCAGUUUCUCACCACCUCCAGCUUCGAUGCUCCCAGGGGAGGUGGAGCAGUGGCAAGCCUAGCUGUAGGCCUGACUGCUGCCCCACACCAAUGAGGUGAGCCAGCAGAAAACUGACAUCACUCGUGAACUGCUGAGCUGCGGCAGCGCCUUGUCUCCACAUCAGCCUUGCAAGUGUAAAAAUCUCAGUAUGCUGCUGCUUCACUUCUGUCCUCCAGUUAUCAGAGAAAAUGUGUACCCAGAAGCAUAUGGGGAAGGGAGUUCCAGGACAUGGCCCCCGCAUGUUAUAAAGCCCUCCUCCCAUGAAUCCGCUCCUGAGGGUCUCGCUACUCACCCGAGGAUAACUUGGUAAAGCUGUAUUGUUGAAAAUACAAAGCUGAAGACCAUGGAUUUCAUGGUGACUCCAGCAAGGAAGGAAAUCCUGUCAAGCCCACACAGAAGAAACUUUCUGAUCUUGGUUAUUUUUGUGUCAUUCAUUCAAGUAUUAACCUGGCCCAUAGUAGGCAUUGUACUUAAUCCUAGGAUAUAGGGAGGGAAAAUAGGGUCCAUUCAGUCUUAGUAGAUGCACUCCCGUAUUACAAGCAGCAAAUGGAUCUCCAAAUUUAUCAUGAACUUUAAUGCUGAAAUAUGCAAUCCAGGCAACUUUGGGAAAGGCAGCUCUUGUGAGAAUCUUGUUGGGGCACAGUAAAUGUUGGAAAUAAUUUAAAUAAUUUCUACCUAAGCUGUUACAUUUAAAAAUAAUUUUUAUUGUUCCAUUUACUGAAUUAUAUGCUUAGUGUUUCUUUGGGGGAAGGUUUUGGUGAUGGUAUCUGUGUUGGCUACCUUGAAGAAGCUGGGAUGCUGGGAGUCAGGAUAAAGUUCAGUUUUGUCACUUCUCUAGACGUCCGAGUGUGAUGAAUGAGACAUACCACUGGUGUUGAAUCUCCUGUGCUGGACAUGGUUCCAGUCCUUCAACCUCCUCAGGAACCCUCCAGGCCGAUGGGGGCUAUUAUACAGGCUCUGACCUUGGUGAUACUAAGCAACCAAGAAUCACUACCUUUCACUGGGUGGGACCCAGAGGAAGCCAGUUCCCCUCUUUAGAGUGGUGAAACAGGCAGAACUGAACUGGUUACUAUGAAGCUCGCUUUGAGUGAGCUCCUAGCAUGAUGAAAUCUCCCAGAGCAGCUGCACAGUCCUAGUUGGUCUCCCCAUGCUUUUGCAAACCCCAGCAGAACCCUUUGGGAUGUACAACUCUGAGACACUGGGCAAGCACCCCUGAAUAUUAAGUGGCCUAUCACAAGGUGUUCCUGUUUUCAAAGUGCAUGGGGGGGGCGGGGCGCUGUGGGUCUUUCCGUAUAGACAGACACCAGGAGGUGCAAAGAUCCAAGAGUCAUUCCUCAGGACACUAGGGAACCCAAACAAUCUCCUAAUUUCCUUCUUUUUUGUUGUUUGUUUGUUUGUUUCAGGCUACAUAAACUCUUAGCAGUAAAUGAAAAUGAGUAUUUUACUGAACUACAGUUGAAAGAAGAAGCAUUGUAGGAGGAAAAAAAAGAAUUAUUAAAGAGAUUAUUAAGAGAGAAGACAUUAUUUUGUGACUGAAAAGUUGAACCAGCAAUUCAGGAAAAUGGAAUCCCGAUCUAGAAACAAACCACAGAACAUCUGAAGUGGGUGGAUUACAAAUGGUUGAGGAAUUCCAAUUUAUAGUGAUCCUCGGCUUUAAGAGGACAAAUUAGUUGUACUUUGGUUGUUUAGUAUAUGUCAUGCUGAUAUAAUUACUGUUUUUUUUCCUGUGUUCUACUGUUCUAUGCUCACCCCCACUUUAGAAUGGGGAUAACUUUUUUUUUUUGGCAGUACUGGGAUUUGAACUCAGGGUCUUGUGCUUGCUAGGCAGGUGCUCUUCUGCUUGAGCCAUGCCCCAGCCUGUAAAGUGGCAUUCUUAAUUGGCUUUUAGGUAUCAACUAUACCACCCUGCGCUUGAUGGAAAAUGCAACUCUGUAGUGCCCAUGUGGUUCUCUGAAGGCCCCUUCUGGUUCUCUGAUCGUUUUCCUAGUUCUGCCUGGGAUCCUGAUUCUUGGGAAUGGAUUACAUGGACUUUGGAUCUGAAGACUGACUGUCCUUAGUCUGCUCAAGAUGCCCAGUCUUGACUGUGCCCAUCCAGGUCACACCACUGGUCCCAUUUGAUCUGCCCCUUUCCUAUGGUAAACCUAAGUCUGAGCCCUGGUUUCUGCCCAGUGCUAGGAAUUUUUUUUUUACUGACUUUAUUAUACUGAUUGGGUGGUUUGAUAAAGCACUUAAGCUCCCUGAGCCUUAACUACUCUGUAAAAUAAGGAUACUACCCAGAGUUCCGUCAUCCCUGAUUGUUAGGCUCAAAGGCUGUAUCUGAAAAUACCUGCAAAUUGUAAAGCACUACACCAGUCUAA